AUGGGUUGGAACUUCAUCAUCGAUGACUCAAGCUCCUACAUCAAGUAUCAUCCAGCAGAGGAUUCGGGCUUGGGAAACAAUACAUCCUUGGGCUGGGCCCCUUACUGGGAAGGCGCAGGUGGAUUCCUCCAUCCAGUGAAUUCGGCUUACGGAACUGCGGCAAGCGGGCAGUCACUCCAUGUCACGGCACUUGAUGGCGCCAGCCUGUCAUUUGAGUCCCAUGGCACUGGGUUCUGUCUUUAUGGGACGUCAAGCGGCACAUUCGACGUGACGAUAGACGACGUUUCUGCUUCCAGCCAGGUGCAAAGUGCAGAUGACGUCCUUUACUGUCAAGACGAUCUGCAACCGACAGUGCACUACGUGAACCUCACUGCGCACUCCGAACCAAACUCCAAUCAGCAGUUGAGAUUUGAUUACGCCAGCGUCGCCUACGAUUUCACAACAGGGACAACUACACCUUCGACGCUAGUAUAUAACGACACGGACGUAUCCGCGUUUCACUACAUGGGAAAGUGGAAUACCACGACGAUCUCUGGCGCGCCGAGCACCACUUCAGCAGCUCCAUUACACAAGACGAGUAGUGAUGGAGCGUCUGCGUCAAUAAAAUUCACCGGAGAAGCCGUCGCUGUGUAUGGCUUUAGAACUUGGGGGAGCUAUCUGUACAAUAUCACCCUGGACGAUGAACAGCAUCAAUACAACGGGAGUACACUUUGGGAGCUCCUGAAUUCGCUCUUGUUCUUCCGAGCCGGAUUAUCCGCUGACACGUCCCACAACAUCGAGGUCACCUACGUUGGCGACGAAUCGUACUACUUCUUCUACCUGAACUCCAUUACCGCGUUCAGUGCAAAUGCCACGGACGAUACACCGAAGCUGUCACCUUCAUCCAUGACGUCCGGCAUACAACACCAUGCGGACACCCGCGCCAUUAUUGGAGGGGUGGUCGGCGGCGUAGGCGGCCUGCUGCUAAUCAUUGGUCUGGUGUCAUGUCUCUGGCGUCGAAGGCCCUCACCGUAUGACUCGGAGGAUAUCUCGCCGUUCACGAACGUGGAUGCGCCAUCAGAGUCUCAGUCUCAUAUCACUGGGACAUCAUCCAGCAUCCUUCCACUAGCGAAUGGUACGCACCGGCCACAAGGCUUCAUGGGAAAACGUGCCUCCCUGGCGAACACGCCAGUCAUCUCGCAGAACGCGCAGGCACAGCCAGUGGCAGCUUCAUCAUCAGCUGGUGGCGGAAGCCAGGCGGCGGUUCCUAGCUCGACCCCUCGAUCUGGGCCCAGGACACCUACGAGCAGUAGAUUUGCUUCUACACCACCAGUUGCUCAACCUGUCACUGUUGACCGGAUCAUCGAAUUGAUUGCGGAGCGGAUUGACAGAAGAACAUCGCCGACUCCUGACGCGGACGGAGAUGCCCCUCCUCGCUACCCGGAUAGCACUGUCUGA